AGAGCCUCUGCGAUGAUGGGGAAGGGAAAGCAGAGAGCGAACUUCGAGGAGAAGGUGAAAGCCGAGCCGGUGGUGGAGUACGAGGACGGCGCCGGCGACGGAGAGGACGACGACGACGACGACGGCUCCAGGAAGAAGAAGAUAUCGUCGUCGAGCGGAGGCAAGCGAGGGAGCGGUAAUAGCAAUUCGGUCGGCAUGUGCAUAUGUCAAUGGCGUUCCGUCGCGCCUCCUCGUUGUACGGCGUCGAGGAAUUGCCAGGCGGAGAAGUGCACGGCUGAUCUCACGGAGGCGAAGCAGUACCACCGGAGGCACAAGGUGUGCGAGCAGCACUCCAAGGCUCCGGCGGUGGUCGUCGCCGGCCUUCACCAGCGUUUUUGUCAGCAAUGUAGCAGGUUCCAUGAGCUAUCAGAAUUCGACGAAAACAAAAGGAGUUGCCGCAGACGAUUGGCAGGACACAACGAACGGAGAAGAAAGAACCCAGCCGAGUCGUCUCACAUGGAGGGCUCGAGUGGAAAAGCCGGCGGCACUCAUCAAAUGAAGGAGCUAGCCUGCGGACAAGUCAAUGACCGUGGCCGGAUUCCGAUAACCAUCCAAGAGAAUGCCACCUACAAACAUUUCCAGAUCAGAUAAGCUCUCCCAACCGGUUCGGUGCUCUCUCUCUUCUGUCAUCCUAGUCGGUGAUAAUCUGUAUUAUCUGCAGUCUCUCUUCAAAUUUGAGGUCUCUGGUCCCUUCUGUAUGGGGAAGUUUAGGCAGGUCGGCUUACUACACUAGUACCAUGUGCUGUAGGCUAAUCUUAUCUCCUGCUAGAUCAAAUAAUUUAAAUUUCGGCGCUGUACUUUCGGCGAGCUGAUU